CGUUUACCACUUGCGCAAGCCAUCCUUUCCUGCUCAGCUCCCUGUUGUCCCCACCCGCCCGUUCUUCCCAGCCCUGAAAUACCGCUGCCAUCGCUUCUCGCAAUGGUCAACCUCCUCAGAACCACCAUGGCGCUUAUGGCCGUCGGCGUCACGCUGGCUACACAAUCCAUCUCGCUUUCCAACUUUACCCCAAGAAUCGAAAAUCUGCCUAUAACCUGCCAAAACGCCUACGAGUCCUCCAUCCAAGGUUGCACCAAGGACGACUUUGGCGGCAGCUGCAGCUCAAGCUGCAUUCAAGGACUAAACCGCAUCACGACAGUCGUUGUUGCCAACUGCAAAAGCGUCAAUGUCCCGGGCAAUUCCAUCAUAGGCGUCUUCAUGGCGGGUGGAGGUGUCCAGGCACUUUGCCCAAACGUCCAAGCGACGACGGCUCCAAGCAGCUCGGCGACACCUCCUCCACAAACGAGCACGAUACCUGCACCACCGCCUCCCACGACAAGCUCCUCUUCUCAAGCCGACGAGACGCCCGAAUCAUCCACAACACCUUCACCGGAGAGUACGGACGCGAGCUCCUCUGACCCAUCAACAACGUCAACAUCGUCGACAGCAUCAUCGUCAACCGACGUUGCUACGUCGUCGUCUAGUAGCGACCCCCCACAACUGUCAACUGCCACAGGCAGUCCGCCACCCCUACCCAGCCAGACCGAGAGCUCGCAAAGGGCGAGUCAGAACCCGGGUGGAGGUUCACCAUUCGACAUAGGGGCAUCCGCUCCCGCAACGCAGUUGCAACCACGCAAAAUCACCCUGUUUGCGAUGCUUGGUCUAGUCUUGGUACUGGCGACAUGA